GAGCGGAGCGGAGGAGCGGGCGGGAGGCCCCGCCCGCAGCCCGCGAUGGGCGCCCCGUGGCCCGGACCGGGCGCUGCCGCUGCUGACGGGGCCGGGCUGCGGGGCUGGCGGAGGAGCCGGAGCCGCCCGCACUGAGCCCGGCCGGGCCGGGAGAGCUGCCCGGCCCCUGACACUCGGACCGGACCGGUGCCUUGGCGGGAACCGCCCCGGAGCUCGGCGCACAUGCACGCCCACCAGCGCCCGGAAGAUGACCAGGCUGCUCCUGGGGGUGACCCUGGAGAGGAUCUGCAAGGCCGUGUUGCUGCUCUGCCUGCUGCACUUCGUCAUCAUCAUGAUUCUCUACUUCGACGUCUACGCCCAGCACCUGGACUUCUUUAGCCGCUUCAAUGGCAGGAACUCCUCCCGGGCCCAGUCCUCCAACUCCUCCCGGCCCAACGGCACCGCCCCCAGCUGUGGGCCGGCCGGCGCCGCCCCAGCCUCCAGUGCCAACCGCUCCGGCACUGAGAAGCCCUUACCGCUCUGCCAGGAGGUGCCGCCUGGCUUAGUUGGCCGGCUCCUCAUCGAGUUCAACUCACCCAUGAGCAUGGAGCGGGUGCAGCGGGAGAACCCAGACGUGCGGGAGGGUGGCAAGUACGUGCCCGCGGACUGCCAGCCCCGUCAGAAGGUCGCCAUCCUCAUCCCCUUCCGCCACCGGGAGCACCACCUGCGCUACUGGCUGCACUACCUGCACCCCAUCCUACGCCGGCAGAAGGUCGCCUACGGCAUCUACAUCAUCAAUCAGUACGGCGAGGACACCUUCAACCGGGCCAAGCUGCUCAAUGUGGGCUUCCUGGAGGCCCUGAAGGAUGAGGACGACUACGACUGCUUCAUCUUCAGCGAUGUGGACCUGGUCCCCAUGGACGACCGCAACCUCUACCGGUGCUACGAGCAGCCGCGGCACUUCGCCAGCGCCAUGGACAAGUUCAGCUUCAGGCUGCCUUACGCUGGCUACUUCGGGGGCGUCUCAGGCCUGAGCAGGUCCCAGUUCCUGAAGAUCAACGGCUUCCCCAAUGAGUACUGGGGCUGGGGAGGCGAGGACGACGACAUCUUUAACCGGAUCUCUCUGAAUGGCAUGAAGGUGUCGCGUCCCAGCGGCCACAUCGGGAGGUACCGCAUGAUCAAACAUGAGCGCGACAAACACAACGAGCCCAACCCACAGAGGUUCACCAAGAUCCAGAAUACCAAGGUGACGAUGAAACGGGACGGCAUCAGUUCCCUGCAGUAUCAGCUGGUGGAGGUGACACGCUGGCCCAUGUACACGAACAUCACAGUGGACAUCGGCAAACCGCCCUCACGCCCAGCCCGGGGCUAGCACCUUCCCCCGGCCCACGGGAGCCUGAGGCUGGAGCCCAGGGCUGGCCGUGCCCUGGCAGGGGAGGCUCUGUGCCCUGGGCUGGCUGGAUGCAGAGGAGCCUUGCCGUGGCCCUGGGGUGCGGAUCGAACCAGGACGUGUUCGGCCCCCUCUGCCUGCCUUCUGGACAUGGCUGCACCCCAGAAUCCCCCCUCACCGCACGCCAGUUAGCCCUGCCCUGCGGGCCGGGGACAAUGCAGCAGCCCCCCACUAUCCAAAACAGCCCUAGCCAGGGGCUUGGGGGAACUUCAGGAUCUUGCUAACAAGCUCCCCUCCUUUAUGAGGAGAUCCAAGCACUGAACUCCUCCUGCAGCUUCCCUGGGGCGGGGAUGCUCUGCGCUGUGCUCCUGGGCCGGGCGCGCCACCCCAUUGCUGCCCUGACUGGCUCAGUCUGGGCCAGCGGCAGCAGGGGCUCUGUGCCCCAUGGGUUCAGCUCUAGCUGGGCCAGGGCUCGGUCUGUGGUGCUCGCAGGGCUCCCGUGGGGCAGUAUGGCUGGGAGAGGGGCCAGUGUGGCUUCCUCUCACCAGCUCCCCCUCCCGCCCUGCCAUGUGGGAUGCCUUCUCCCAGUGGGGCACAGGGCUCUGAGCACAGACGCAGCCCCUCUUGCUGUCUUCCUCGGCCAUCUCAGCUAGUGCUUAGAGCCCAGGCCAGGACACCUGGGUCCUAGUCUCAGCUCUGCCCCCCUUUGUGCCUCAGUUUCCCCCUGCCAGGGUCUCAUGGGCUGGCCCCUCCUGCACACUGCAGCUGUGUGUGUGGAUGUACUGUAUCCUGGGGGCUUCAAAGGGACUAUUUCCAUCCUGGCCCUGCCCGUGGGCUGCACUGAGGGUUUCAUAAAUUGGGGGAGCCCUUGUCUGCCCUGUUCCCUCCCUGCAGCCCCCCCGAGCAGCCGCUCCACUUAGCAGAGCAAGGCAUCUCAGAGCCUGGGGAGGCAUCACACCAAAAGGGCUGCGUGUGCAAGCUAGGUUGGAGGUUCUGUGGAUCUCCCCAGCUGCAGGCCCCGGACCCAGCCCCUCGCACGCUGUCCCCUGGUGCUUCCUGCUAGGCAGCCCUGCACCUCCCCUGCCCGCUGCCUCCAGCUGCGCCUGCUGCUCACCCCCCCAAGGGCCCCUUUACAACCCAGAACAUUCCAGCCCCAGGGCC